GCACAACAUCUCGAGCCGUGAAUCAUCAAUGGGGUCGUGCAGUAAUCGAUUUCCAUGUCCACGCGAAAGCAACGAAACUACUCAUAUCUGUCUCUCUCGUUUGUUGUUCAUCCCUUUGGCCGUCAAGGAAGGAAAAUUUCUUUUACUAUAAUUACAUCUGCACGAGAAAACAUAAUUAAUAUGUAAAAAGAGUAAAGGAAAGCUGAGAAAGCAACAAAAUAAUUACUAAAAUGAUAAUGCUUAAAGCUGUUACCCAUCCCGGGUCUCUCUCUCUCUGUUAGAGUCAGCACUCCCUGGAAUCUUGCCGGGUUCGUCUGGAUCAGCUUCAGGAUUCCGGGAAUUUAGAUUCCAGACGGAGGAACUCUUUUCAGCUAGAUAUUUAAGGGGAUCGAUAUCUUUAGGGUUUUAAAGGAAGGAAUUGAGUUAAAAAGGCUCCGAACAGAAUACGGAAUUUUUCCUCGUAUAAACAAGCCGUUCUUGUUGAUGGGUAGGGCUUGAAACAGCAGUUUUAACCGACGAAACAGAUGGAAUUAAUCGAUGAAGAGGCAGAGAGUCCACGGCUCUGGGUUCUUCUACUUACUUUGAAUUCUAUGGAAUCAUAUCCUUGUUGAAUGUAAUUCUUGGAGGUGAUGUUCAUGGCUUCUCCAGUCUUCAUGUCAGAAAAGAGAAUGCAACCCUCGAGGCUCCUUUUCUGUCUGAUAACCUUCUCCAUGUUUCUUCUGAUGCUUUCUUUCGUCUUCUUGCUUCAAUCUAGUAAUAGUUCAUUAAUAUCAGAAUCGGUUUUCAGGAUGAUGCUUCUUAAUAACACAUCGGUGUUCUUCAGACCCAAUAGUGGCAGUAUCAGUGACAAACUUUCUAAUUCUCCUACUUUGACUUCUCCAACCAUCAGCAGAAAACCCAGCUCAAGAUCCCAAGAUAAUGCUUGCCAAGGUCCCAAAUUGAAGAAGGAGAGAGUGGAUUUAGGACAAGGGACUAACAAGGCUUGUGACACAGCUCAUGCCCUCCUCAGGGUGUUUAUGUAUGACUUGCCUCCUGAAUUUCACUUUGGGCUAUUGGGGUGGGAAGGGAAGGCUGGCCAAAUAUGGCCUGAUGUCAUUGACAUCCCACCAUACCCUGGUGGGUUGAAUUUGCAACACAGCAUAGAGUAUUGGCUCACACUGGAUCUUCUCUCGUCAAACAACCCAAGUGUGAUCAGGCCCUGCAGUGCAAUUAGGGUGAUGAAUUUGAGCCAGGCAGAUAUAGUUUUUGUGCCAUUCUUCUCAUCUUUGAGCUACAAUAAACACUCCAAGCUGCAUGGAAGAGAGAAAGUUAGUGUGAACAGGAUGUUGCAGGAUAAAGUAGUGCAAUUCUUGAUCAGUCGGAAUGAGUGGAAGAGAUCGGGUGGGAAGGAUCAUCUAAUCGUGGCUCACCAUCCAAACAGCAUGCUGACCGCACGGAGGAAGCUGGGUUCUGCCAUGUUUGUGCUUGCUGAUUUUGGAAGAUACCCGGCUGAGAUCGCAAACAUAGAUAAGGACAUAAUUGCUCCUUACAAGCACAUUGUAAGGACCAUUGGUGGUGAAUCAGCACCAUUCAAGAAACGACCAAUCUUGGUAUAUUUCCAAGGAGCAAUUUAUAGGAAAGAUGGAGGGGCCAUUCGUCAAGAACUCUAUUAUCUUCUCAAAGAUGAAAAGGAUGUACACUUUUCAUUUGGAAGUGUGCGUAGCCAUGGAACUACUAAUGCUGGCCAAGGGAUGGCCUCAUCCAAAUUCUGUCUGAAUAUUGCUGGAGAUACCCCCUCUUCGAACCGCCUCUUUGACGCGAUUGUGAGCCACUGUGUCCCUGUGAUAAUUAGUGAUGAGAUUGAGCUCCCAUAUGAGGAUGUCUUGGACUAUUCAGAGUUCUGUAUCUUUGUACGUGCAUCUGAUGCAGUGAAGAAAGGAAUCCUAUUGAAUCUACUCAGGGGGAUUAAUCGAGACAGGUGGACCACAAUGUGGGAAAAACUGAAGGCAAUUGCACACCAUUUUGAGUAUCAGUAUCCAUCCCAGCCAGGUGAUGCUGUGGACAUGAUUUGGCAGGCGGUCUCUCGUAAGAGAAAUUCCAUUCAAUUUAGAGUUAACAGAAACAACAGGCUCAGCCAAUCUCAGCUGAUGGAAGAGUAAAUAGGUGUACAUGCUCGUAGCAAAUAUUCUUCCUGUGCAUCUUUGGUAGCAUGUAAUUCAAUCUCAGAGAAUCAACAGGGAAUAUACCCAGUUAUCAGCAGCCUGGAAAGAAAGAUGAAAUCUAUAUUUGAAGAAACCAGACCUGUGCUUUAGAUCCCAGUCUGUGUUGCGUAUCAACCGCUCGUAGUCACUCAUACAAAACCUGUACCAUUACCCAAAAAGGAGAGGGGGGGGGUGAAGAAGUAUCCAUCUUCCAAGCAAUGAAGACAUAACCAUAGGAUUCCUAAAUGAUUGUAUGAAAGACUUGUAAAAGUUGGAAAAUGCCAAAUAAUUUCACUAUAGUUUGCAGAUGUAUGUAAAUCCUUUUCUUCAAAAAAAAAAAAAAAAAAAAAAACCCACU